AUGUUGGCCACUACCAACCACCUCUUCUUUUCCUAUGUGCCUCAGCAGAGUUUCCAGGAGGAUCUGCUCUGUGAUCUUGCUGGGCAUAGAGGAACCUUGCCAGACUGCCAUGACUUCUCAAAAAUGAUGGAUAGUGGCUUACCAACUUUGUCUGCCAGUUUGACUCCAUCUGCAAGUUCCCUCAGGACCAGUGGAUGUAUCUCAUCAGGUCCCAUGGACUGUGCAACUUCAGGUUCCUCAGGUGGUCUAGCUGAUAAAGAAUUUGUGUGGUGUCUGUGGAAACGUCUCCAAGUGUCCAGUCCAGAUCUUACUCAAGCUGUCAGCUUGGUUGUGGAAAGAGAAAAGCAGAAAGCUGAAGUCAAGGACAGAAGGGUUUUAGAGAUUUUGCAAGCCAAAGACAGCAAAAUAGAAACCCUAGAACAGAGACUCACAGGACAGCAGCAGGAGAUAAACAACUUAAUACAGAGAAAAAUUGCUGUGGAUGAGGAAAAUGCCCGUUUGAAGAAUGAAUUCAGUAACUUGAACCAGAAAUUUAAAGAUAAAAGCCAAGAACUUAAGGACACUGAGGAGUGUGCACAGAAGAAAGAAGAGCAAAACAGGCUGGUUAUAAAAAACCUGGAGGAGGAAAAUAAGGGAUUAAAUACACGCUGUGCUGACCUGCUACAUGACCUGGAGAAACUGAGGAAGCAGGAGGCACAAUGGAAAACAGAAAAAUCUGGCAAUGAUGCCAGAAUAAAGAAUUUGGAAACUGAUUUAGCAGAUGCAAGAGAACAAAUGAAAGAGUUGCACAGUGUAUGCAGUAACUUAUCGUCUCAGGUAGCUGUGAAACAGGAAGAACUCUCCCAAAAGGAUUGUGAUGUGAUCAGAGCUAGGAAGGAGUUACAGGAGCUGCAGAAUCUUUACAGGCAAAACAUUGAACAUACAGCACAGCAAGCUGAGUUGAUAAAGCAGCUUCAGGUUCUCAAUACUGAUACACAAAAAGUACUGAAAGACCAAGAAGAUGCUCACACAGCUGAAACAACAUCGUAUCAAAAACUUUAUAAUGAAUUGACUUCAUGUUUUGAAGCUGUUAAAACAAGUGAAAUUCAACUGCAGCGAACCUGUGCCUCCCUUCAGGAUCAGUUACUUGGAAAAGAUCAAAAGAUUGGUCAGUUACAAGAACAACUUCAGCAGGCUCAUGAUGCUUUAAAUCAGGAUUCUUCUCCAAAAUGCGAAGUACAAGAACCACCUGUGAAACGUUCAAGGUCUCUGUCCCCAAAGAGCUCUUUUAGAGAGUCAGAGGAGACUCGAGAAACUGAUGAGCUAAGAGCAGCCCAUGAAAAACACAAAGAGAGGCUGCAGAUGUUACAGACCAACUACAGAGCACUAAAAGAGCAAUUAAAGCUGUGGGAAGAGGGCGAUAGCAGGCUUGAAAGUAGUAAAAGCAGUUACCAGCAUGCAGACCCCCGUCAGCUUUGUCAAGAAGAUUCUGAUGCUGUGUGGAAUGAACUGGCUUUUUUCAAAAGGGAACACAAAAAGCUGUUGAUUGAAAAACUGAAUCUCGAAGAAGAAUUGGAUCAGAUGAAAGUACACCAAUCUGUUGAGCCACUUUUUAAACUUAGUGAAGAUGAUGGUGUCAAGAACAGUACUCCAAAGAGGAAUAUGAAAGAAGUUUCACAUCAGACAUUACAGAAGGUACAACAACUAGAAAGAAGAUUCAAAGCUAUUGAAGGGGAAUUAAAGAAACAGAAAGAAGUAAAUAAAGACUUAUUAAAGGAGAAAAAUUAUUUGAAAGCAUCUUUGAAAGUGCAAAAGGAAGAUGCAGACACAAGAGAAAGAGAGCUGGAGACGCUACUUAAGAGGAUUUGUGAAAUAAAAAAUGACAAAGCAGAACUCCAGUUAGUGAUUGAUGAGCAGGAAAAUGAAGCUGCCUCUUUGAAGAAGCAAGUGGCAGAAGCUAACAGGUUGAGAAAUGAAAAUGAAGAUUUGCUGAGUCAAGUGCAGGAGCUGAAGUGUUUGCUGGAAGAAGCCAAAGCAGUGGCGACCUCUGGGCAAUGUAAUUGCAAGAUAACAGGCACCAAGGUUAAAUUAAAAACAGCCAAGAAAAAGAGCUCUUUGGGACAUCAUGGAGCUUUUCUCAAACAGUCCAUCAAGGUUAUGAGUAAUGUAUUUGAGAACUUCAGUAAGGACGGCUGGGAGGAUGUGAGUGAAAGCAGUGACUCUGAAAUACCAACUUCUGAAAGUUUGGAAGCAGUAAUUAUGAAAACAGUGCAAAACACCGAUCCACUGCCAGACAGAAGUAAACAACACGGAAAAAAGCAAAUACAAGAUAGUCAAAAGCCCUGCAACGUUGUUCAUUUAGAAGGCAAAAACCAGCAGUGUAAUAAAAAGGGCCCUUCACACAGUAAAGACCUAGAAAAGUUACCUUCCAAGAGGAAGAAGAUCUGCUGUCUCAUAACAUCUUAUCCAUCAAUUCUAAGCAAAGUGAACAGAACAAAAAGGAGAAAUAUCAUUGUCCAGAAACCGGGAUACUCUGUUACUCUACUGCAGGAAAGAAUUAAGUCAUUGCAGCAGCAGAUAGCUGUUUUACAGAGUGAAAAAAAGACAGCAGUGUCUUCUGUGAAGGGAUUUAAAGAAACCAAUGAAAAACUAACAACUCGGCUACAUUUGGCUGAUCAGAGACUUCAAACUAGUAAACUGACUAUAGAGGUGUUGACCUCCAACCUGGCCAAGUGGCAACAGGAGAAGGAAGAUUUACAAGGAAAAUUGAAGUUGAGAGAACAUCUGUCUCAAACUGCUGGCAAGAGUGAAGCCACACCAGCUCCUUCUAAGAACAGUGAUUUAGAGAUGAAACAGCUGCAGUGCAAACUAAAGAAUUCGAAUAAUGAAAUCACUAAGCAGUCGGCCACCAUUAAGUCACUAAAAAAUGAAGUCCAGGAAAAAGAAGAACGGGUUCGGGAACUACAGGCGAAGAUUUCUCGAUUGGAGAGGGACCUUAAUAUGAAAAGACAUUUGAUAGAAGACUUAAGGUCUCGUCUAAAAGCAAAUCAAGAAAAUGAGAAAACCUCUAAUGAAACAUUAGAAAGCCUUGAGAGAAAGGUAAAGGCACUGGCUGAAGACUGUUCAAACAAAAAAGCUUCCAUUGACUCACUGAAACAAAGACUGAAUGUAGUUACAAAGGAGAAGUCUCAGUAUGAGCAGAUGUAUCAUAAGGCUAAAGACGAGUUGGAGAAAAAGGAUGUCAAGCUUAACAAUCUAGAGAGCAAAAUGAUUGAGACUGAAUAUGCCAUGACUGAACUUGAGGCUACUGCAUCUCGACAACUACAUGGCUUGGCUAAACAGACUGGACAGGCUUUGGAAACUGUACAGAAGAAGCUGCUGCUCACCAAUGACAAAGUAGAAGAGUUCAUGACAUUUGUUAAGGCUCUAACCAGGGAGUUACAGCAAAGUGUACAAGAGCUGAGAACAAAAAUCAAACAGGCAAAAAAAAUGGGAGAAGUGAGAGCAUGCAAAAAGGGUCUUUCCCAAGAGUCUGUUCAGUUGGCAGCGUCUAUCCUUAAUGUUUCAACAACUGAUCUUGAGGAGAUAUUAGAAGUAGAAGAUGAUGAGGAAACAGCAAAGGCAAAAAUGGAAUUUGAAAAAGAUAAAGAAUGGCUGCAGCAUAUACAGAAACUUCUUGAAGCACAGUUUCCUUUUGCCUCAUCCUUAAUGGAUGCCAUACUGGAAAAAUUAAAUGAGAAGAAGAAACUGGUAGAAGAGUACAGUUCUCUUAUGAAGCACACUGUAUGA